GGGGCCCUGGCUGCUGUGGCCUCCCCUGACCCCCUUCCCCCGCUGCUGGGGUCCUCGGGCAAGCCCCCUUCUCACUGGACUGAGACAUGAGGCUGAGCUGGGUCCUGACAGUACUGUCCAUCUGCCUGAGCGCCCUGGCCACAGCCGCAGGGGCCGAGGGCAAACGGAAGCUGCAGAUCGGAGUCAAGAAGCGGGUAGACCACUGUCCUGUCAAAUCGCGCAAGGGGGACGUCCUGCACAUGCACUACACGGGGAAGCUGGAAGAUGGGACGGAGUUUGACAGCAGCCUGCCCCAGAACCAGCCCUUUGUCUUCUCCCUGGGCACGGGCCAGGUCAUCAAGGGCUGGGACCAGGGGCUGUUGGGGAUGUGUGAGGGGGAAAAGCGGAAGCUGGUGAUCCCAUCAGAACUGGGGUAUGGAGAGCGGGGAGCUCCCCCAAAGAUUCCAGGCGGUGCAACCCUGGUGUUUGAAGUGGAGCUGCUCAAAAUCGAGCGGCGUUCAGAACUGUAGCCACACUGGGGAGGGGCAGCGGAGAGGCCCCCAUCAGGGACCAGACUGUUUAAAAAAAACAAAAAAACCUUAAAGCCCA